UCAUUAUAGUCCUUUCAUUAACAAACAUCUGUAAAUGGGAACUUCAUCAGUUUCCUUUGCACUGGUUUUCUGGUUUUUUGUUGCCCAGAUUUCAUGUAGUUUGGCAGAGCCCAUAAUCCACUCAGAGAGUUCAUUCCCAAGCAAUUUCGUUUUUGGAACUUCUUCUUCUUCAUACCAGUUUGAAGGAGCUUUCCAGAGUGAAGGGAAAGGCCUAAGUAACUGGGAUGUUUUUACUAGAGAAGCUGGGCAUAUAGUGGAUGGAAGCAAUGGAGAUAUCGCGGUUGAUCAGUAUCAUCGUUAUCAGGAGGAUAUUGAUCUCAUGACAAACUUGGGUGUCGAUAGUUACAGGUUUUCGAUAUCAUGGUCAAGAAUUCUUCCUAAGGGGAAACUUGGGGAUGUAAAUAACGCUGGAAUCAGGCACUACAACAGGCUGAUUGAUGCCCUAAUUCAGAAAGGGAUACAACCAUUUGUGGCAUUAAGUCACUAUGACAUCCCUCAAGAACUGGAAGACAGAUAUGGAGGGUGGCUAAGUCCCAAAAUCCAGGAGGAUUUCAGCUAUUAUGCAGACAUAUGCUUCAGAUACUUUGGGGACAGGGUUAAGCACUGGGUAACAUUCAAUGAGCCUAAUAUCGUCGCCAUUCGGGGAUAUAGGUCGGGGAUUUACCCUCCAUUGCGCUGUUCGGGCUCGUUUGGGAGCUGUGAAGCAGGCGAUUCGGAGACAGAGCCUUUCGUGGCUGCCCACAACAUGAUCCUCUCCCAUGCUAAUGCAACCAGCAUCUACAAGACCAAGUAUCAGGGAACACAAGGAGGUAGCAUUGGGAUAAUUAUGUACACAGCAUGGUUUGAGCCUUUCAGCAAUUCCUCAGAAGACAAAUCUGCAGCUGAGAGAGCUCAAUCCUUCUUAACAAACUGGUUCUUGGAUCCUAUUAUAUUUGGCAAGUACCCUGCAGAAAUGAGACAAAUUCUUGGAUCUGGAUUGCCAACAUUCUCAAAGGAUGAUCUGAGAAUGAUGAAAAAUGGAGUGGACUUCAUUGGGAUCAACCACUACACCAGUUUCUAUGCUAAAGAUUGCAUAUUCUCUGCAUGUGAACAAGGCCCAGGAGUCACCAAAACUGAGGGCAGGUAUCUCAGGACUCCAAGCAAAGAUGGUGUCCUAAUAGGUGAACCUACCGCGAUCGACUGGCUAUUUGUGUACCCUCAAGGAAUGGAAGAGAUUGUGACAUACAUAAAGGAAAGAUACAACAACACACCAAUGUUUAUCACAGAAAAUGGCAUUGCAGAUUUGGAUAAUAAUCCCAACUCAUCUACAAUAGUGGCUUCUUCACUCAAUGAUUUCAAAAGAGUGGAGUACAUGAAGGGCUACUUGACUUCCCUGGCAGAAGCAAUAAGGAAAGGUGCAGAUGUAAGAGGGUACUUUGCUUGGUCAUUGCUGGACAACUUUGAGUGGAUAUCUGGAUACACCCAAAGAUUUGGACUCUUCUAUGUUGAUUACCCGACUCUUCGAAGGAUUCCUAAGCUGUCUGCCUCCUGGUACAAACGAUUCAACUCCAAACAGGGCCCGGAGCCAAAAAAUUCAAGUUAGAGGGCCGAUGUAGUAGAAAAAUAUAUAGUGUUAGUUGGCAUUAUAAUUAACCGUACUAUAUUAUUAUAUAUAUUAUACAUUAUUGUAAUUAUUAUUGAUAAUGAUUUCUAAUUAUAUUAUGUGUAAUAAAGUAUGAAAAUAAAUAAUGUUUUCAAAAAA